CGACAAUCGAGCGCGACAAGCGUGGACAAGCGGGAAGCGGCUGUAUCAGACUGUAUGUUUCGUACCGUUGAUUAGUAAUAUUUUUUCCGUUGUGAUUAUACAUUCGAAUUGUACGACGAAUAAAGUGUAAUUGUGGUGUCCGAGUGGUGUAUAAGACAAUAAAAAUUCAUUAACAAAAUGCUAAGUAAAAUUGUUAUUAACAUGAUGUACAACUAUCGAUUCACAGUGUGAUUGGUUAAACCAGUGUUCAAUGCAAGUAUGGCCGCCCUGCCAUCACCCACGCAGGUGGCUGGAAGCCAUACUGCUAUAUAUGAAGCCUAUUACAAUCAGGUUGAUCCAAAUGGAUAUGGACGAAUUGGUGCAAUGGAAGCUGCAAGAUUUCUUAAAAAAUCCCAGCUGAGUGACGAUGUACUGAGCCAAAUAUGGGAUAUGGCAGAUCCACAAUCACGUGGUUCAUUAGAUAAAUCUGGUCUUUUCGUUGCUCUUAAAUUAUGUGCAUUGGCACAAACAGGUAGAGAUGUUAAUAUGUCAAAUUUAAAUAUGGAAUUACCUCCUCCGAAAAUGGGCGACAUUCCCAUAAUUUCUCAAAAGAAAGUAGUUAAUAGUUUACCAGUAAUAACACCUAUUAGCAAUGAAGAUUGGUCUAUUAAACCAGCAGAGAGAGCAAAAUACGAUCAACUUUUUAAUAGCUUAAGACCUAAAAAUGGAUAUAUAUCUGGAAAUAAUGUUAAAGGUGUUCUUAUGGAUAGUAAACUUCCCUUAGAUACACUUGGGAAGAUUUGGGAACUUGCAGAUAUGGAUGAAGAUGGUAUGCUGGAUAGGCAUGAGUUUAUUGUGGCUAUGCAUUUGGUAUACAAAGCAUUAGAAAAAUACGCAAUACCAAGUGUGCUUCCACCAGAAUUGAUGCCACCUGGUAAAAGAAAGGACGUUUCUGUACCAGUGUCAAAAUCUCCUGUACCAGUAGGAAUGACAACGGUUCCUCCACCUAUUCCACCUCUACCUACUGUAUCAGCUGUGAAAAAUAUGGCUGGCAUAGAUAUGGCAAAAACUAGUGUACAAUGGAUAGUUUCCGCUGAAGAACAAAUAGCGGCUGGGAAAUUGUUUUUGCAAGCUGAUUUAGAUAUGGAUGGAUAUGUCUCAGGUUUAGAAAUCAAAGAUGUCUUCCUUCAAAGUGGACUUCCACAGACUGAUUUGGCUGGUAUAUGGAGUCUCUGUGACAUAUGUCAAAAUGGAAAAUUAAAUAAAGAACAAUUUGCUCUUGCUAUAUGGCUCAUCAAGCAAAAACUUAAAGGCAUUGAUCCGCCGGCAUCCUUGACUCCUGAUAUGAUACCACCUUCUAUGCGAAAAUCAUCGGAUACUAUUAUGGAGAACAACAAUAUAUCUGGUUAUUCAAAUCCAGAAUUAGAUAUGAUAAGUAAAGACAUAGCAGAGCUUGUGCGAGAGAGACAAUGUAUGGAGCAAGAUAUCGCACAAAAAGAAGCUGACAUCAAGAUUAAAAACGGUGAAAUCAAGAACCUGCAGAGUGAAUUAGAUACGCUUGCUUCAACAUUAAAACAACUGGAAAAUCAGAAGGGCGAAGCACAAAAAAGGUUGAAUGACUUGAAAGCUCAGAAAACAGAAGUAGAUAAAGAUUUGAGUGAGGUCGAGCUGAAGAUUCGUGAGGAACUAAAAAAGGUUGACAAGCUACGUCAACAAGCAGAAGAGCAGGAAUCUGUAUUACAUGCUCAAGAAGAAGAACUUAAUUCUAAACGGCAAGAAUUAGAAGGUUUACGCCAAGAGGAACAGCAGUUGGAACAGCAACAAAACAAAAGCAGGGACCAAUUAAACGAAUUGACAAAAAAUUUGCAGGAUACUCAGUUACAAAUUUGUCAAGCAAAGGCAAAAAUCACUCAUUUGCAAGAACAGCAACGUCAGAUGAGUGAUGCAAUUGCACUUUAUGAUUCGGCACUUGCGGCAGGAGACGGCACUCUUGUACCUGAUACUAGUCUGCAAUUCAAUCCUGAAAUCGAAGAUCUAGAGUACGAAACUACCGCAAGCAACGCAGAUGGAGUGAAAGAAAAAAGAGCAGAUUCUUUCUCGAAUGCGAAUGGAACAGCAACGAUGGAUGGAUUUGACCAAGACCCCUUUGCAUCGAGUAAAGCUCAAGAAGCAUUUAAUGCGUCAACACCAGAUCCAUUUGGAAGUACAUUCCCAUCACAACCUGCUUCGUUCGACCCAUUUAGUGCGUUUGAUAAUAGUAAUACGAAGCAGGAUCCUUUCGAUCCAUUUGGAAAUGGAAGACGAACCGAUGGAAAACCUACAGUUACUACAGCAGCAACAAAAGAUCCUUUCGGAGAUGAUCCAUUUGCAAAUCUUCAUGCUCCUACUCGCCCGGAAAGCCCUAGUCCUGCCCUUCCUCCUAAGAAAGCAAAGCAACCACCACCUCGACCAGCGCCUCCACGACCUUCUCAAGGACCUACAGGUCCUUUGAGAGCAGCACCUGCACCGCCGACACCGUCUCCAACACCAGAUCCUUUUGCAAAUUCUAAUUCUGAUCCAUUUUCCUCUCAACAAGGUAUUAUGGAUAAUAAUAACGGUGGUUUCACUACAUCUACUGGAUUCGCUGAUUUUGCUAAUUUCGAUUCCAAGUAAACGAAAAUUGACCACUGAAAAAAACCUGCUUCAGCCGGAACCAACGCUAAAUCGAACGGCACCGCCCAGACCAACGAGCAGAGCACAUACAACGGUAUAUCCAAAGCUGCCGGAUUUCACAGAGGAUCCCUUCAGAGAUUAUCGGUACGAAGACCUCUUUAAUAUAGCAGAUCCCUUUGCCGACGACACCGAGGACUUCAAUGCGAACAAAAGUAACGAAACGGGCAAGACAGAUCCAUUCAGUUGCGGAACAUCGUCCGUUAUUCCUCGCAAGAAUUCGUUCACGAAAGGCUUCGAGACCGACUUCUCGAACACGUUCCCUCUAACGAAGAACAAAAUCGAGAAAGACAAUGCCAAGUUCGAGGCCGACUUCGUGAAAGCUUUCUCCGAGGAUAAUAGGAACAUCGAGGCCGUUGAAACGGAUGCGUUCUCCAACGCCAAGACGAAGACGAUCGAUCUGGACGAAGCGUUUUCAACGAAAAGUGACAAGUCGAAGAAACAAGGACAGGACUCGACGACGCAUAACAGCAAGGCGAAGCCCGGCGUGAACGACAAGAAAAUGAAAGCGUACAUCGAGAAAGUUUGGAACGGUAACGGCACGCCGCUGGCCCUAAGCGAGGAAGAACAGGUUUUCCUGGCGGCCCAGCAGAGCUUGAAGACCGAAGAGGAGCGACGCAAGCGUAAGCAACAAGAAGAAUUGGAACUGGCGUACGCGCUUGAAUUGAGCAAACAAGAAAAGUCUGGGAAGUCGUAAAAAUAGCUUUCGGUCGGUAGAAUAUUUUCCGUUUCGAUUUCGUUUCUCCAGUUGACUAGUAUAUUUUUCGGGCACAACGACUUUGCGAAUCUUGAUACAAGAAACAGGACUGAAGGGUAUAUAUAUAUAUGAGAUACACUCACACUUCGUACGAUUGUUAAAUAACUAUCGAGAUUUCACGGUCUGCACUAAUUAAGGCUAUGAAAAGAAUGUCUGCGUCGUAAACUGCAAACUACAUAUAAUGCUUACUUUUAAUACUAUUCAGCAUAUCAUAAUUGCUGUGAAAAAAAAACAGAACAGAAAAUAUUUAGACGAAGUAUAGCGAGAUAUACGAAUAUCCCAAGAAAAUCAUAGAAGCGCCCGCGCGCGCGCGUAUAUAUAUACUAUACAUAUAUAUAAUAAUAAUACCAUACGAGAUCAACAAAUCAUUUUCAUUGUGUAAUGUGAUCAGUUUUUGAAUGUGGCCUUUUACGUUAUUGUACUUUUUUUUCUUUCUUCUUUCUUUUUUUUUUGUUAUUACUAUACAUUGAAGACAGUUAAUCUAACGAUCAGAAUGUUAAAAAGAUGUUGAGAUAUAUUAUUUGACUACAAAACAAGUAAACAUUUCUAUGAAAUUAUGUAAGCCUGUUUCGGCGCUUUAGUUUACCGACGGAGGAGUCGAUGAAUUUUUGUAAAAAAGGGGGAAGAAGGUAAAAAAUAUAUAUAUUCAUUAUUGCCUUGCAAUGUCGAAUUCUAAAGUAACGACAAAUUACAUACUCGCAGCUCGUUGUACACUAUCGCUGAACGUAAAUUAGCAAUGUAUAAAGGCAAACAAAUAUAACGGCAGAUUUAUGGGAUCGACAAUAAAACGUUGCGUAACGUACUCCGUGAGUUUUAAGCGAGGGGAAUAGUAAAUAAAAACAGUACAUCCGUGAUAUAAUGGAGAACGGACUUUACAGCGUCGUUAUCGCAAAACGUACAGUAUAACUAUAUACAUCUGUACAUUCGCAACUACAUAUGUACCGGCGAAGCAACGUUUCUAUUUGUUGUACAAUCUGCACCAUAACUAAUGCCCCUGUGUACAACAUUGUCCGAACUUGAUACGUCUUCACUCAGUAUUCGUUAUUAAUCAUGAAGAUUGAAAAAGAAAAAAAAGAAAGAUAUUCGACUACAUGAAUGUUAACAAGUAGAAUUAUAUAUUAAGACGUAUAAUAAUAUAAAGUUUAUUAAAAAGUCAUUGUCAGGUAUGAUAAUAUGCUCUUGAACACAUUAUUAUGGAGUAUUUAACGAAACAUUUCGAUUGUACAUGACGAGUCGCAAGAAAUCAAACCAAUGUACAAGCAAUUAAGUUUGAGGAUCAACGAACCAUGUCUUCUGAAACAGCAAAAGUCCACCGACCGAUAUUUUGAGAAAAUGUAUCUUUUUUGUUUAUCUGCUUGAUUUUAUUAUCGGUUUUGUUUUUUGUUAAUUUUGUUUCGUUAACAUUAUACGCGUAUUUGUUAGGAUUACAAUUGUAAGUAUUACAAAUAUUAAAAAGGUGGAGUUAUGCUGUUUUGAACUUCGUGGUCUCAAUUUUUACAAACAAUAUAAUGGUAACAAAGAGAUCGUGAUGCCGCAAGAACACCGUGAAACAAAUUCAAUGAUAUGUAACACCAUGACUGGUUCUCACCACUUCGACACUCAGUAUUUACGUCGUCAGAUAAGACAAAUAAAUAUCUCGUUGCUGGUACAGCAGCGAAUCUAAACAUUUCCUGCUGAAAGAUGAGUAACGGCUACGCGUACAAUUGCAAACAGCACGUGAAGAAGAGGCGUGGAAGACUUUAGUCUUGUUGAAAACAACAAACGAAUUGGAUUACCUUGUUAAUUGAAUGAUUUUUUAUGUUUUCACAAUCUGUAAUCAAAACAGAUUUUUCAAUAUUCAAGUAAUGAAGUUUAGUUUUCACAAAGAAUGUUGUGGAUAACACUAAUACUAAAAAAUUAAAUAAAUGUUCAAAUAAAUUUGA